CAGUCAGAGGUGGGGGAUGGCAGGGCCUGUGCCCACACUGGGGCUGCUGGCUGCCCUUGUUGUGUGUGCCCUCCCAGGCAGUCAGGGCCUGAAUGAGGAACAAAGGCUGAUCCAGCACCUGUUCAAGGAGAAGGGCUAUGACAAAGACCUUCGGCCGGUGGCUCGAAAGGAGGACAAAGUGGAUGUUGCCCUAAGUCUCACCCUCUCCAACCUCAUCUCCCUGAAAGAAGUGGAGGAGACCCUCACCACCAACGUGUGGAUAGAUCAUGCCUGGAAAGACAGCCGGCUACAGUGGGAUGCCAACAACUUCGGGAACAUCACCGUCCUGCGCCUGCCCCCUGACAUGGUGUGGCUACCAGAGAUUGUACUGGAGAACAACAACGAUGGCUCGUUCCAGAUUUCUUAUGCCUGCAAUGUGCUUGUCUAUGACUCGGGCUAUGUGACCUGGCUGCCACCCGCCAUCUUCCGCUCCUCCUGCCCCAUCUCAGUCACCUACUUCCCUUUCGAUUGGCAGAACUGCUCCCUCAAAUUCAGUUCACUCAAGUAUACAGCCAAGGAGAUCACACUUAGCCUGAAGCAGGAGGAGGAGGACAACCGUUCUUACCCCAUCGAGUGGAUCAUCAUUGACCCUGAAGGUUUCACAGAGAACGGUGAGUGGGAGAUAGUGCAUCGGGCAGCCAAGCUCAAUGUGGACCCCAGUGUCCCGAUGGACAGCACCAACCACCAAGACGUCACCUUCUACCUCAUCAUCCGCCGCAAGCCGCUCUUCUACAUCAUCAACAUCCUGGUACCCUGUGUGCUCAUCUCCUUCAUGAUCAACCUGGUCUUCUACCUGCCAGGCGACUGUGGAGAGAAGACCUCCGUGGCCAUCUCAGUGCUCCUGGCCCAGUCUGUCUUCCUGUUGCUUAUCUCCAAGAGGCUGCCAGCCACAUCCAUGGCCAUCCCCUUGGUAGGCAAGUUCCUGCUUUUCGGCAUGGUGCUGGUCACCAUGGUGGUGGUGAUCUGCGUCAUCGUACUCAACAUCCACUUCCGGACGCCCAGCACCCAUGUGCUGUCCGAGGGAGUCAAGAAGUUCUUCCUGGAGACCCUGCCCAAGCUCCUCCACAUGUCGCGCCCAGCAGAGGAAGACCCCGGCCCCGGGGCACUCAUCCGGAGAAGCAGCUCUCUGGGAUACAUCUGCAAGGCAGAGGAGUAUUUCUCCCUUAAGUCCCGCAGUGACCUCAUGUUUGAGAAGCAAUCAGAGCGGCAUGGGCUGGCCCGGCGCCUCACCACAGCCCGCCGGCCACCAGCAAGCUCUGAGCAGGUCCAACAGGAGCUCUUCAAUGAGAUGAAGCCAGCUGUGGAUGGGGCAAACUUCAUCGUCAACCAUAUGAGGGACCAAAACAGUUACAAUGAGGAGAAGGACAACUGGAACCAGGUGGCCCGCACAGUGGACCGUCUCUGCCUGUUUGUGGUGACACCCGUCAUGGUGGUGGGCACAGCCUGGAUCUUCCUGCAGGGUGUCUACAACCAGCCCCCACCCCAGCCUUUCCCUGGGGACCCCUUCUCCUAUAAGGAACAGGACAAGCGCUUCAUCUAGAGCAGGCAUGAGUAGACAGUCAAGCAGACAGCAGUCUAAGAACAGCACGUAGUUCCUGCCCUUGAGCUUGUGCCUAGCGGGUGCUGUGUGGCUGGGCAGAGGCCAUGGUCGGGAGAACUUCCUACAGGAAGCAAUUCCUUUCUAAAUUAAGGAGGGAGACACUUGAGAUGGGCCGAGAGUGGAUGUGGUGGAGAGGGGGGCUUCAGGGUUGUGGGGAGAGGGAGGGGCCUUGCUCAGGGGACCAGGGAGGUGACCAUCCUGGGAAGAGCACUGUGAGAGGUCCCCCAGCCCGAGCUGCUCCUCUGCCUGGCUGUCUUCCAGAGCAGGUCAGAAUUCUGAACUUCCUGUUUCCUUGCCUUCCUUCCCUUACCUAGCUGGGGCCCAGAGAGGGUGAUUCCUCUCCAUUCCCCCAGGGAAGGAGGUUUUCUAGAAUGGUGGACUGUCCAGGUUGUCAUCUGUCAGCCUGAUUCCUUGGUCAUUCUGUCGGAGUCCUUCUGAGAAGCGGGGGACUGGUGUGGGAGGAUCACGCUUGGCAUCAAGAACCCCAUCAGUGUGUAUUCUCACAUCCUAGAGCAUCAGGACCCAGCGGCCCCUCUCACAGACCACCACACUGAGUCUCUUCCUCCUAGCCCCAGGCUCUCCAAACCAGGGUUGCCCAGCAAUAUUUGAGGUACACUUGUGAUAAAGAGUUAUCCAGCGUUCAUCUGAAGCUCAGAUUUAAAUGUGCACCCAGUGCUCUUAUUGAGUCUGGUCUUCAACCCUAUUCUAAAGGAAGGGGCAUUCAGAACUAUCCCGAGUCCCAUCACUCAUUGGAGCAAGGAGACUAGGUCUUAGUGUAGCCUGCAAAGCCCACCUCUCAAAUUACAUCUUGAGACAGUCCCUGCUCUCUGAACCUGGCAGUUCAGAGUAACGAAUAGAAUGAGGUAGAAGUGAUGCUACGCUCCUUCAAAGAACAGCUUCUGAGAGGGCUGCUCCUGCUGAGUGAUGGCACACACC